ACGUCCACCACAUGCUUGGGACAGCCCCACUACAAAGGGCAUUUGAAAAAGCCAUUUGUCUGUCACUCCAAUCAUAACCUCCGACGCCUCUCACGCUGACAAGGGCUCCAGGUGAGCUGCACAACUGCCACUAUGUCUGACACAGAAGAAGUCGAUUAUGAAGAGCAGCAAGAAGAACAAGAAGAGGAAGCUGUUGCAGAAGAGGAAGAGCCAGAAGAGGAAGUAACAGAGGAUCCUGUCCCUGAAGAGGUACCAGAGGAACCUGCAGAAGAAGCCACAGAAGAGGAGUUUGGAGAACACUUAGAGGAAGAGGAGUUUGGAGAACACAUAGAGGAAGAGGAGGAGCGCCCAAGGCCAAGACCGAUGAUGCCACAACUUGCCCCUCCUAAAAUCCCUGAAGGAGAGAGGGUUGAUUUUGAUGACAUCCACAGAAAAAGAAUGGAAAAGGAUCUCCUGGAGCUUCAGACACUGAUCGAUGUACACUUUGAACAACGUAAGAAGGAAGAAGAAGAAUUAAUUGCACUAAAGGAAAGAAUAGAGCGUCGCAGAGCUGAGCGAGCAGAACAAGUACGCUUCAGGACAGAGAAAGAGCGUGAAAGACAAGCAAGGAUGGCUGAGGAAAAAAUGAGGAAAGAGGAGGAAGAGGCUAAAAAAAGAGCAGAUGAUGAUGCCAAGAAGAAGAAAGUUCUGUCUAAUAUGGGAGCCCACUUUGGAGGAUACCUGGUAAAGGCAGAGCAGAAAAGAGGUAAAAAACAGACGGGGCGUGAAAUGAAGAGGAAGGUACUAGCUGACAGACGCAAACCUCUGACCACUGAGUACAUGAAUGAAGGUCAGUUAAGGGAGAAAGCCAAGGAACUUACAGACUGGAUGUAUCAGUUGGAGUCAGAGAAGUUUGACUUGAUGGAGAAACUCAAGACACAAAAAUACGAGAUUAACGUGCUUUAUAACCGUAUCAGUCAUGCACAGAAAUUCAAAAAAGGAGCAGGAAAAGGACGUGUUGGUGGCCGCUGGAAAUAAGAUUCAUUAGACCCUUACCUUCUGCAAUUAAAGUAUCCUAACGUAUUGCCAUUAGGUUUGAAGUGUGCCUGCAUAUGUCCUCAGUCACUUAAAGGAACAGUAACACCAAGAAAUGAAAAUUUGUUGUGUGCUUGUUUAAGAAACCCUACUAUAGUUUAUA